AUGUCGAAUAGAGGUGCGGACGGCACCGAACCCGAGUCACGCGAGAACUCUCCUGAAGGGCACGAUGGUUCAUCGGAAAAGCGCACGAGCAAGAAGCGGAAAGUGCUCUCAUGCUACGCGUGUCGCAAUCGAAAAAUGAAGUGCGAUCGAGUAUAUCCAGUGUGCGGAAGAUGUCAGAAGACUGGAAGAGCCGAUGAAUGCACGUAUGAUCCGCGAUUGCUAGAGGAGCCGCACAUCAAUAGCGACACGCAUAUUGAUGGAGGCGCUCCGUUCGCAGCACCAGAACACGUAGCGCAUAGAUUCGCUCAUACGCCUACAUCACCUGAUGAGUUGCGUUUUAAAAUCAGGGCUCAGGAGAGAAGGAUCGAGAUGCUAGAGCAGAAGCUGGCUGCCAACGACAGCAGGAAGAGCCUAUCGCAGUACGAGGAUCGGCUCCCCGAGGAGCCAGAUUUCAAGGAACAAAUGCUGUUUAGAGGAAAAGGUUUCAAAACACAGUUUCAGGGCGUUACGAGCGUAAUGAGCUUGAUAUCGCAGUAUCGCGAACUUCAAGCUUUCACACGUGAAGCUCUCACUGUAGAUCAUUCCAUCACUCGUGUCAAAACAGAUUUCAAAGCAUUCCGUGAUCGAAGAAAGAUAGCUUCAAAACGACCGGGCGCAAUUACUCAGGGCACAGACGAGGAAGUGCUUGCAGCGCUACCGGAAAGAAACAUAGUUGAUGUACAUGUCGCCCUGUACUUCCAGACAUGGGAGACGACCUACCGAGUCUUGCAUGAACCGUCAUUUUGGAGUGAGUAUUCUAGUUUUUGGGAGCAGCGACAUGGAGAUCAUGGUCAGCCUGGCUUCGCCGUCAUCCUCCUCUUGAUCGUUGCUACUUCCAAAUGCCUUAACCCGAAGGAUGAUGAUUUUAUGGGCGACACUACUGCUGAUCGACAAAUCGCUUCUAAUCUCAUCGGAAUAUGCGAAAGUUGGAUCGGCAGACAGUCUCGAAAACGCAUGACUUUGCUGUUCUUUCAACUUCAAUGUCUGGCGCUAGUUGCGAAGAGAGUCAACUGCGUAAAACUAAAGCAGGACUGGGUCACCUCCGGUGACCUUGUGCGACUUGCCCUAGCUUCCGGCCUGCAUCGAGACGCGUCAUUACUGGCUAGUGGCAAGAUAUCAGAGUUCGAAAAGGAGAUGAAGAAACGACUAUGGGUCACCGUUACGGAGCUCGAGCUACAAUCAUCUCUUGAAAGUGGUCUCCAGUCUUCGCUCACGAACUUAUAUUUCGAUGCGCCGGCUCCCGCUAACCUUCCCGACGACGCGUUCUCAAUCGACACUUCUGAAAUACCAGCCAGCAGACCCAUCCUACACUUCACAUCAGCUUCGUAUCUUAGUGUUGCUCUGAAGUCGCUUCCUCUCCGUAUUCAUCUCGCUCAACUCUUGAACAAUCCUUCUACCGAACUCCGAUACUCCGAUAUACUUCACUAUGACGCGCAGGUCCACUCCCUGCUCUCCGCCCUUCCUUCCUGGGAAGGCGAUCGAGCUGUAUUACCGGCAGCCCUACUUCAGCUACAACUCCGCCAGUAUCUGCUCCUACUACACCAGCCGUAUGCAAAGCUUGCGGUUAAAAAUCAGCGUUACAUGCAUUCGUUCAUCACAUGUGUAGAUGUCGCAGGCGCUAUGAUCGCGACGCAUGAUGAUCUUGUUGCCAAAGGUAUCUUGGCUUUGAACAACUUCCGAAAUGAUGUGGUCAGGGUUGGCUUGACACUCGCCCAAGUUGUGUAUCACAAUUGCGUCCAAUAUGGCCCUAUGAAACCUUCAGCGCUUGCUCCGAACAUGACCGAGUCUCACUUUGCUGACCCGCAAAUCGGGGACCUUCCCUCCACCAACGGGUGGACAUCGCCAGAUAAUCUACUGAUGCUUGCGGCCUUACCACAGGAGCCUUUUCUUGCUAGGACGUUAUGCGCCUCUUCCGUCGAGAUCCUGGAACGAUCCAGGCAGAUUUUCGAACAAAAGGUCAUGCGUCUCGGUACAGGGUAUAUGGAGUUCUGGCUAUUAUCUGCCGCGGUCGGUAUGCUGCCAUCUGCACCUUCUCCAGCCACUUCAAUAGCGUAUGUGACCAAUACGAGCGAUGAUAUUCACUCAAGAUGCAAAAUCACGUUGGACCGGUUCACAACGUUAUUAUUUCGGGUUCUUGCACUACAGAAAGACCCGGGAAAUGGCUUUGCAUUGUCACUCCGUGAUACCAUGGCAAGUAUCUCGCCGUCCGAAGGUCACACUCCGAUUCUAAGUGCAGGUGCUGUCUAUUCUAGGGGUGGGCUUGGAGCUACACCGACAACGACAAGCCAUGCAUCUUGUUCGGAAAUACCUGGCAUGAACAUAGGAAGUGUCACUACAGAUGGGUCAAAAGAUAUGACUGGCCCCUUUGAUGCUUUGCAGGAUAUGCAAGUCGACCUUGGAGGAUGGUCGUUUCCGGACUUCUGGGCUUUCGAUUUUGGUGGAGACUUCUGA